AUGCUGACAACUUCUUCCAAACUACUUCUGCUGCAAACCAACCCGGAUGCUCGGCUCUUCUGGAUCGGCGUCAUCUACUCGCUCCUGGGCGUUUCUAUCAUUCCCAUUUAUGCGAUCGUCAUUUAUGUGAGUGUUUUGCCACGUCAUCGCCACUGCAACUGCCUCUUUCAGACCCUUCACAUCAGAAAUGAGCUGCGCGAGAACGUCUCGUACAAAUUGAUAAAUCUCCUCAACUAUUGUGACGUGUUCCAGUCGAUCUGUCACGUUUUCACCGGAUCCUUUGUGAUUUUUCCGGUUCUAGCUGCUAGAAUUGAUGUAUUUGUGAGGGUAAGUGGAUCCUCACGGAUAUUGCACUCUUCUCAACGUCUCCAGAUAGUCGGAUGCACCGCCAACACCCUCUGGCUGGCCACUUUUGUAGUUCUGGCCGUACUGGCGACCGCGCGGAUCCGAAUCGCUUUCUUCAAUCUGAAAGCCACGAAAUGGGGUGGGUGGAUGAAGAGCGCGCUGUCCGUCGGCGCCAUCUACAUCCUUUUCGUGUGGAUCGCCGGAUGCGUCACUCAGAAUUUCCAACUCACCGCCGCCAGUUGGUCCUACGACAUGACCGUUCCAUUUGCCGACGUCUUCGCCCAACUCGAGCUCGUCCUCUGUUACCCCGUGCUCUUGCUCAGCUUCUGCUCUUACGCUCUCAUCAGUUUGAGCAUUUAUCGGGUGGGUUUCGCCUAAAAAGUUCCCUAUUAUCAUGCUCAUUUUUUCUGUCCAGAAACGUCGUUCGUCCCAAUCGCAUUUGUCGCGUCGCGUCGAACUCGGAAUUCUGAUUCAGGCCACCAUUCUGACGGUGUACAUGGCCGGCCUCAUAGCUCUCUGGCAUAACGCAGGUAAUUCGUGCAUCUCAUGAAUUUUGCGGAAUACGGAACGCGGAAUAAACAUACACUUUGAAGAACUCUUAAUAUAUAUUUUUCCAGAAGACUGGUUCGACAUGAACAACAUAACAUUGGCGGCUCUGAACAGUGUGUGGAUCCUUUUCUCAUAUCUCAACAUAUUCCUUCUUCUCGCUGUCAACAGGUACCUUAACUAUAAUUUGUACUCGUACCCAAUGAUUUCAGUGCCGUUCGUCGUCAAUUUCUGAUGAUUGUGAGCAGAAAGGAAUCUUUGAAGAGCAGAUUCUCUUCGAAAAUCACAGUGUCUGUGGCCGCUGUCGGAUGA